AUGUAGUUAUAAAUUGUUGAAGGGCUAAAUAAAUACUUAGUCUAUUUAAAAAAUGUCUUUAGUUUAAUAAUCAAAAGAAUUUAUCUAGUGAUAUAAAAUAAAACUGAAAUUAAUAAAUAAAUUAAUUAAUAAAUUGAAUUGAAUGAUUGGUGUAAUAUUAUAAUUUUGAUUCUUCUCAAUCUAUUGUCGUGUCUACUGAUAAUUAAAAUAUAAAAAUAUGGAAUUUAAUUUUAGGAAGAAUUACGCUACUACAAACUUUACAAGGUCAUAAUGAUAUAAUUCAGUAUUUAAUAUAUAGGUAAAAGACAAACUCUUUUAUUUCAGGGGGUUAUGAUAAAAUAUUAAUUUUUUGGAGACAAAUUGAUUUCAAUAAUUGGAUUUAUUCAAAAUCUUAUGAAUAACAUACAGAUGUUGUAUUAAACAUGA